AACACAGGGGCAGCAGGUGGCCCACAACCACAGAUCCAGUUUCUGCAGCUCCAGAUGCAGAAAUACCUGCUGAAAGCGAAAGAAGGAGAGAAACAAGAAAGCACAAAACUAUGGGAGUGAAAAGAUGUCGAGUUAGAAACAUGCAGUUAUUACUACAGGAUAAAAAUGCAUACAGAUGGAGAGGGAGAGGAGGAGAGAGGAAAGAGGUGCAUCAAAUAAAUGUAUUUUGGUUGUCUCUUUAUCAUGCCCUUCACUACACCUCAUAUACAGUAAGUAACUCAGACAGCUAGGUAAUGUAGACAUUUGGGUUGUGGAUUAAAUGCAUUUUAAAUCAGGAACAUCAGGGUUUUACCUGAAUUAAUACUUAUGACAAUCAGGAUCAAUGUAAGUACUUUUUCAAAUAUAGUUAGACACUAUAGUCAGAACUGUAAACACUUUAGUAAGCCUAUAUAAAUUCACAUAGGGUACUGGAUUGCAUAUGUAGGCCAUGAUAUUUUUCAAUUUUUCCCCCCACUGGGUCAAUAAAAUUACAAAUGCCUGAUAGUACACACAAAAAAAGAAGGAAAAAAAAGUCGACCUACAACUUCGUACAGUCACUGUGCACAGAGCUGAGGGAGGAGAGGAAGGGGGAAGGAGGGGACAGACGGUGUGCACCAGAUCUGACGUCAGAAUCUUGUUCCAAAGAUAAGCCGUGAGGUUUCAUACGAACUACAAUGUUCGUCCUUUUAAGAAGAGUGAUUGAGCUCCAUGGGGCUCGCGUCGGUGCGCCAACCGCUGGACUCCUGAAGGGUAACAGAACAGACAAGACCGCCUUGCAAGGUACACCUGAUAGCCUACACCUCUCUCAUUUUCUGCACAAAGUCUGGAGCGGUCCAUAGGGCAGAACACAAACUAUGAGGGGAGUGACUGAGACCUACGAUACAGCGUUGUGCGUAAUGAAAGGCAGUCUGAAAUAAUUCGCCUACGGUCGUAUGAAGGCAACAAGAGAGAAUGGGAAUGGCCAGUGAGGAUCUGAUCGUGACACUCCAGAUACUACCUGGCUUCUUUUCAAACUGUCUGUUCCUUGCCCUGUACGACUCCGUGGUGCUCGUGAAGCGCGUUGUGUCGCUGCUCAGCUGCUCCAGGACCACCGGCUCCGGAGAGUGGCGCCGUAUGCUGACCUCAGCAGGGCUCCGCUCCAUCUGGAAUAGCUUCCUUCUUGACGCCUAUAAGCAGGUGAAACUUGGCUGUGAGGCACCCAACUCCAAAUUGGUGAAGGUGCCUGAUGGCCCUCGGUGGAGCAGCAAUAUCAGUAAUAUGACUAAUGUGGCACCUGGUGUCAGGAUCCGAAAUGGAGAUGAGUGCCACCUUCUGGAUUUUGAGUCAUCAGAUCGCCCUCUGGUGGUCAACUUUGGCUCAGCCACCUGACCUCCCUUCAUCAGCCACCUGCCAGCUUUCCGGCAGUUGGUGGAGGACUUCAAUGAUGUAGCUGAUUUUCUGUUAGUGUACAUUGAUGAGGCUCACCCAUCUGAUGGCUGGGUGGCCCCUCCUAUGGGCUCUUGCUCUUUCAAUGUCCGAAAACACCAGAACCUGGAGGAGAGGCUGGGAGCGGCGCGUAAACUCAUUGAGCAUUUUUCCCUGCCACCGCAGUGUCAGCUGGUGGCCGACUGCAUGGACAACAAUGCUAAUGUGGCUUACGGUGUGUCCAAUGAACGGGUGUGUAUAGUACAACAGAGAAAAAUUGCCUACCUGGGUGGUAAGGGGCCUUUUUUUUACAAUCUGAAGGAUGUACGGCAGUGGCUGGAACAGAGCUACGGUAAACGGAGUAAUCAAGGACAAGUACAGAGGAGGACAUGUCCCAUAUUUCAGUAGGGAAAUAAGAGGUCAUUCGGUUUUGUAAAAGUAUAAAAGGCAAACUCAAAAGUGUGUUAUGGUCAGUGGUGGAAAGUAACUAAGUACAUUUAUUCAAGUACUGUACUUGAGUACAAAUUUGAGGUACUUGUACUUUACUUGAGUAUUUCCAUUUUAUGCUACUUUAUACUUCUACUCUACUGCAAUU